GUCAUGCACAAGCUCCCUCUUAACUCUUCCCCCUCCGAUUUACUGCUUCAUUCAAAAUACAGACCUGUAGCCGAGGCUCGUCAACAGCAAAGCUUGAGACGUGAGGAUAAGUUUUGUAUGCUGAAGAAUUUCGCCAACUUUCGAAAAUGCUCUCCAAUAGCUCGGUACGGUCAGUGUUUGGUGCUUCCCGCAGCCGCGUCGGAGGAUCCUUUCCAAGAGUGAAUGUCUCCGCGCCAUUCACUGCUCAUAUGCAGCACCCAUCGCCAGUCUCCAGCUAUUGUUUUCCAGUAGGGAAUCGAAAAUGGAUCUCGGUUUAUGGGUAUACUCAGGCCAAAGCCCUUGUCUACUCUCGUUACGGGGAACCUAAGGAUGUUCUGCAUCUUCACAAGCAUUCUAUAUCGGCCCCUCAUGGAACUCAAGUCAACCUUCGUCUGCUUGCUGCCCCGUUAAAUCCAGCCGAUAUGAACCAGAUCCAAGGCGUCUAUCCGAGUAAGCCGCCCUUCCAGACGUCGCUUGGUACAGAAGCGCCUUGCGCAGUCGCCGGCAAUGAAGGCGCGUUUGAGGUUACUGCGACGGGAUCAAAUGUCACCAGCCUCAGCAAAGGUGAUUGGGUGGUUAUGAAGCAGACUGGACUGGGCACUUGGCGGACUCACGCCCAAUUGGACGAGUCGCAAUUGAUUAAGAUUGAAAACAAAGAAGGCCUGACGCCGCUCCAAGUUAGCACCAUUAGCGUGAACCCUGUGACCGCGUACCGGAUGGUCAAGGAUUUCUGUGACUGGGACUGGAUGCGGGCUGGUGAAGAGUGGUUGAUUCAAAAUGGGGCAAACAGCGGCGUUGGACGAGCUGUUAUUCAGCUUGCGCGGGAAUGGGGUAUCAAAACGCUCAACGUUGUGCGGGAUCGUAAGACUCCCGAAGAAACUGAGGGACUGAAGAAGGAACUACGUGAUUUGGGUGCGACGGCCGUGUUUACGGAAUCCCAGCUGCUUUCCGGUGAAUUCAGGAAUAUUGUGCAUGAUAUUACACGCCAGGGGAAGGAGCCAAUUCGUUUGGCUCUGAACUGCGUUGGCGGGAGGAGCGCAACUGCGUUAGCCAAAACACUUGCACCGGGUUCGCAUCUAGUCACUUAUGGAGCCAUGUCGAAGCAGCCAGUUGCCCUGCCAUCUGGUCUCCUUAUAUUCAAAGAUCUCACUUUCAACGGCUUCUGGGUCAGCAAUUGGGGCGAUAAAAAUCCACAGCUCAAGGAAAACACAAUCAACGAUGUGUUACAGUUAACCCGGACAGGCAAAUUCAAGGAUAUUCCUGUGGAGGAGCUCAGAUGGCGCUGGGAUACAGAGUGUGCGGAGCUCUCGGCAGGCGUACAGGAAACACUCAGCGGCUUCCGCAGUGGUAAGGGCUUGCUCCGCUACGAGGCAGAGGAUUGAAUCUGCAUAGGCUUGUGAAAUUAGGGUCUCAUGCGUCGUUGAGAGGGACACAGUUAUCGCUAUAGUGGCGACCAUGCAAAGCAAUUAAUCCCUGAUUUGCCCUUGAGCCUAUAUUUACACUAAAAUGCCUAUAAUUAUCUUGCCUUGGGAUUUACUCACUACCUGCGUUAUCGCAUUAGUGCGUCAUCCAAGGGACUUAGACAGCGGAAGUUUCUCUAAAAAGAAUGAUCCACUCAAAAUAGCUAGUUGCCUCAAUCAAACAAUGAUUUUGGUUUCAAGGUGCAACUAUAAGGAAGCUAUAAGUUAUAGGGUGCUACAACAGUUCAUGCUAUCUUGAGAAGUUGUGGCUCUGAGAAGGAAAGAAAAGCCUGUCUGUUGAACAUCAUAGAACGGAAUGAAUCCACGAUGCACUCACAUGUCAGCCCCAGAUUCAAAGAAACCAUCUUCGCAGGCCCAGUUUGCUUUC